AGGAAAGCUUAGAGAGGAGAAGAUGGCAGGUGCAGGGGCAGGUGCAGGUGUGGGUAGUUUGUCGGGAAGCGAUCGGCAAAUACUGGCGACGGUGAACACGGUAGCGUCAAGUCUAUCUUUGUUGGGAUCAGGCUUCAUUGUCCUUUGUUAUCUUCUUUUUAAGGACCUUCGCAAAUUCUCCUUCAAGCUCGUCUUCUAUCUCGCUCUUUCCGACUUGCUUUGCAGCUUUUUCAAUAUCAUAGGAGAUCCAUCUACAGGGUUCUUUUGCUAUGCUCAGGGUUAUAGCACUCAUUUCUUCUGUGUUGCAUCCUUUUUAUGGACAACCACUAUUGCUUUUACUCUUCAUCGAACUGUUGUCCAACAUAAGGCUGAUGUUGAAGAUUUAGAGCCUGUUUUCCACCUCUAUGUCUGGGGAACUUCCCUUGUCAUGACUAUCAUGCGCUCCAUCGGUAAUCAUCACGCUCAUAUACGAGCAUGGUGUUGGGCUCAAACAGGUCGUUCUGGUAAGCUUGUUCACUUUGUAACAUUUUAUGCUCCACUUUGGGGUGCAAUUCUUUACAAUGGUUUUACAUAUCUUCAAGUCAUCCGCAUGCUGAAAAACGCAACUCGUAUGGCAGCUGGCAUGUCGGAUCGGGCACAACAAUCUGAUGCUAGACCAGACAUGAGGGCAUUGAAUCGAUGGGGUUAUUAUCCUCUGAUUCUUAUUGGCUCAUGGGCUUUUGCCACGAUUAAUCGGAUUCAUGAUCUGAUUGAACCAGGCCAUAAAAUCUUUUGGCUUUCUUUUUUGGAUGUUGGGACUGCUGCACUAAUGGGUCUUUUCAACUCAAUAGCAUAUGGACUUAACGCUUCUGUGAGGCGGGCUAUCUGUGAGAGAUUGGAUCUAUUUUGGCCUGAACAACUUAGAAGAUUAGACCUGCCGCUUCGGAGUUCAAAAGUCAGAGGGAAAGAACAAGAAAGUGAAAUGGUUCCCCUUAAAGUUCAAGAACAGCAACAGUAGCUUGAUGCUCCUGAGCUCGGAAGAUUUGGACAAUGUUAUUGACAUGUACAUUUCUAGAACAGUGAGUGACAAAAAUGAUUUGAGGCACGAACAAGGGGAAUCUUGUCUUGUAUUCCUAUCUGAAUGUGUGGUCUCCAGCACGUAGGAACAGGCUCACCUGAUUCGGCAGACAUAUUAAUCUAAUUAUUUUGACUUAAAGAAAGCAGCUCUCGAGACUUGAACAUUGUCAAAAAAAUACCUUCAACCAAUAGAAACGGGUAGAGGUUGUUUCAGCCUCAGGGGGAAGGAUUUCACUCCAAUUUGAGCAAUGUGAGGAUGCUAAAAAAAUGUUCUGGUCUGGUGUAGUCGUCUUCGAGGGUGGGGAUUUUCUUUUAAUUUGUUUUUAUUGAAUUGAUCUGGCAACAAUAGCUGAGAGCUAUUGCAGAGAUCACUGGUGUCUUACUUAUUUGUGGUAAUUCUGAUGCCAUGAAGUCUAACUAGUAGGAUGUAUUUUCUUUUCCUUUUAAGUGAAUAGAAUUAUUUGUUUAUGCUGUGUGAACUAGUGUUUUGUAGCAAUAAGCUGGUAGUAACAGUAUUUUUUUGCUUUUAAAAGAUGAGUGGGGGUGAUUUAUAAGUUAACAA